CUUUUUUUUCUAACUGACAGCGCUUUAACGUGAAGCAGGCACAGAACAAUAAAUUUUUCACCGUCAUUAGAUAGCCAGCUUUUCAGUCUUGAGCAAAAAAAGGAAGAAUAUCAUCAGUUAACUCAGCAAAAAAAAAACUAUUCUAUCUUAUUUGUUCAGAAUCAAGCAAAUUGCUGUUUUUUUGCGGCUGAAAAGAAUAAAUUACUGCACCCUAUAGUAGUUACUAUCAAUUCAAAAAAAAACUGAACGAUGGGGCGUAAACGCAAGACCACAGGCCCGAGUAGCUCCCACCCAGCCGAAGAAUCAAGGAAUACAGAAUCUUCCGCGGCCGAUUUUGACAAACGUCUCAGUAGUAAGCAGGAUCGUAAGUACGCGCGACGCAUUCUUAAGAAAGAUAAAAAAGAACCGAUAAGGUCGGACAUGGUGUCAAGGAAAGAAUUCAUCAAAUAUCAGGAGAAAGUCGCCUGGGCACGGGCAGUACUUCCAGACUUUGAUAAGGCCUCCGAACCAGGCGAAUGCCCGGAGCUGGGACCCCCGCUGGAGUUCAUAAAGCAAGAAACACCCCAUUGUGGAAGCUCAAUUAAGGAAGAAAGAGAGGUGUCACACAGGUCCCGAAGCGCAUCUCCGACACUCAUCGAGGAUGAGAACGAUAACCGGAAACUAAUCGCAGUCAUCGACAAAAGCGACCCUCUGGGAACGAUCCCCUUGAAAGCUUGGAAAGUCGUACAGAGUGCUUUCGCUAGAGUAUCCUUGGAAGUGCUUGAGGAAUGCCCAGGACCACCACCGAAGUGCAGGGAUUGCGGCUGGUUCCAGGGCGCUGUUAAAGUUUUCACGUGUGAUAAUCAGCGUUCCGCUGCUCUCCUUAGGAAAGCGGUCUCGAAGCUCGGGGAGCUCUACCCAGGCGCCAGGUUGGAUGUUUGGGAGGCAGAGGACAUACCAACUAGGCCCAGAGCAACUGCUUUGAUUCCAUCGGAACCUUCCUCCCCAGCGGAGAUCCUUAAAUUAAUUCGGCUCUUCAAUCCGGACUUGCCAACUCAGAACUGGAGGGUGGUGGGCUUCGCGAUUGGCAAGUGUCUCAGGUCGAAGGUUACCAUACUUCUCAAUCAGGAGUGCGUGCAGCCGUUGAAGGAGUGCGGUGGCCUCAUCGAAUACGGAUUCAACCAAAUCCAGCUGAAUAUCAUCGAGACCGACCGGGUGGGGCUCGACAACUUUGCGGCCUGCUUUGAUCCCCUGUGCGAAAAAGACGAGGAGCCCAUCCCAAUCGACACCAAUAUUCUAAGUUUUCUGGCCAUUAAGCAGGAAACUUAUGACUAAUCAUCACAAGUGGGUUUUGUGACCCCAAAAGUCACUUAAAUUGGAGUUGAAUAAAAAACAAGGAAACUAACUUAGCCCCUCAUGCGGCUGAAUUUGGAGAUCAAUAAAGAACAAUCAACCCAUUUAA